AUGCCAACAAUCAUUUUUAUGGUUGUCACAUUGGCGACCUUGACCAUCCAAGAAGAUGUUGCCUCCUAUAUGAGUGAUGAAGAUUUUUCCAAAAACUCUGAAACCUUUGGCUUCAAGCUUUUCACUGAACUCUCGAAAUCGGAUGAGAAGAAAAAUGUGAUUUUUUCACCAUUUUCCAUACAAACUUGUCUAGCCAUGGCACGAAUGGGCGCUGCUGGAGAAACCGCUGUGGAUAUGGACAAUAGUUUAGGAUUUCCUCCAGUGACAGAAGCAACUUUGGCCGAGAAAUAUUUUACAGUUCUGUCCCCAUAUACCAAUAGCAAUGUCUUGGAGAUCGCCAAUAAGAUUUAUGUCAUGAAGGACUAUGAAGUCAAAGUGAAGUACAACGAAUUGUUGCAGCAAAAAUUUAUUUCCCAAGCAGAAAAUAUCAAUUUUGCUGAAAAUGAUAUGGCAGCAAAGAAAAUCAAUUCAUGGGUGGAUUCAAAAACGAAUCAUUUAAUUCAGAACCUUAUAUCACCUAACAUGUUAAAUAACGAUACUCGUUUGGUUCUAUUGAAUGCCAUACAUUUUAAGGGUGAAUGGUGUAUCAAAUUUAAAGAUUUCUUAACUCGAGACGAAGAUUUCUAUUUGGAUGAAACAAACACAGUCACAGUGAAAAUGAUGCAUGCAACAGCAAAUUUCCGCUAUGGUGACUUUCCGGACUUGGAUGCCACAGCCUUGGAAAUGUUUUAUAAAAACUCUGAUUUGUCAAUACUAGUACUUCUUCCGAAAUCACGCACUGGCUUGGCCAAAUUGCAAGAAGAUUUGAGGUCUGUCUCCUUGAAUGAACUGACGAAAAGUAUGAUUACUACAAGGGUAAUUGUCAGUUUUCCCAAGUUUAAGGCGGAUUUAAGCAAAGACCUGAGUGGUGUACUUAAAGAGGUAAUGGAGAAAUUAUUUUUUAAUGCCUUGUAUAUCUAUGAUUUGGGUAUGAAGCGCAUCUUCUCUACAAGUGCUGAUUUUAGUAACAUGUUGAACUCCUCCGAAUGUCCAGCUAUUUCCUCAGUCAUUCACAAGGCUUGCAUUGAUGUUAACGAGAAGGGGACUAGUGCGGCAGCUGCAACAGCUACCAUACUGAGGGUAACCAAAUCUGUAAGACGAAAAGUUCCAUCACCCAAAAUAUUCAAAGCUGAUCAUGGAUUUUACUAUUUUGUAAGAAAUUCAAAAGGAAUUAACAUGUUUCAGGGUUCCCAAAAAUCAUUAAGCAAGCCUCAUUUUUGGCAUCUUGGUGAGGAAGCCAUUUUGGCACUUACUAACCCUCGACUGACCCAACUGCUUGAUGAAAGCACUCCUUGUUCCGAAGAAAUAAAACGACGCAGUGGCAAACCAUUGCCCAUGGAGAAAUGUACAAAAGAUUCAGUAGCAGCCAGCCUUGAAAUAAAUACACAGGAUUCGGAGAUGCCGCCUUCAAGGCUUAAAUUGCUGAUUGAAACCGCUUCUGCAGGAGCUGAAAAGGAACGUCUAUUCCGCAGAAAGAACGGAGGACAUCGACAUAAUGGUCAAGCGGUUCACGAAGGCCCUGAAUUAUUUACCUAUGUACGCAUGUCCUAUUGUCAAGCCAAGGGGCAAAUAGCGACAGGGGAUUUGGAGAGGACUGGAGCGGGGCCAUGGCUGGAGCGUAAUUGGGGCGGGGUGGCCGGAGCAGGAUUGAGAUUGGAAGCCAUUCCGCUCAGAACAGAAAAAAUGUCACUGCCUCUCCGAUUUAGCUCCAAUCUUGCUACGGCCACGCUCCGAAUCCAUGACAGCGACUACCAUGGUGGACCCCAGGGAACAGCACGAUUGGAACUUCCAUAA